UUUUGUUCAGUUUAAGCGCUCGUUUUGAAUAUUUUAAUCAGUGUCGUCAUAUCGUAGUAUCGAGUACAUCGCACAGUUUGUUUUUUAUUAAACCGGAACAAAGACGUAGACGCGCGAUGACAACCAUACUGGACUGGUCGCGUCCUCAUGGGAAGCUAAAGCCUUUUGGGUACACAGCGAUUACAGUUUACCUUGCCCUUCUGAUCUGUGUAGGCAUUGUGGUCCAGUACGCCACGGUCAAAAUCCUUUUGUCGCCACAUUUUAGAAUGAAAAAACUGACGCCGUACCUAUUGAACAUUGUCUUGGCAAACUCUAUAGUCAUCUUAGGAAGCUUUCCCACCACGUUUGCUGCUGCUGUCAAUAAUGGAUGGCCUUUUAGUGAAUUUGUUUGCAGGCUUAAUGGGCUUUUGACAGCAGUAGGAUGCAUUGCUAUGCUUUUGACUAUGACAUGCAUAACCUGGAAGAUCUAUGUGACUGCGUCUACUACCAAUGUUAACAACUUUAUUGCUCCGUCUGCAUUUCGUCGGUACCAUAUUCACGUAAUUAUUGCUAUCUGGUUGUUCUCCGCCUGUGUAGUGCUUCCGCCUACCGUUGGCUGGAGUAAUAUGAGGCUGGAGUCAGCGUCUUUAAACUGUGUACCAGACUGGGCCCCGGAGACUCUAAACGAUGUGAUCUACAUACUUUUGAUGACCGUUUUAGGAUAUUUUCUCCCCGUCAUUCUAUCUGUUGUGCUUCUCUUCAGAACAAGAACAGUUCUUAGGAAUCAUACGAAAGUUUUGAAGUGCUUGAUCAUCCCAAAUAUUCGCCUCAAAGCCUUGCUUCAUGUUUAUCGGAUGCAAUUUCUUUCCGUCAUAUGUUUCACAUUAACAUGGCUUCCCUACGUUGUGUAUGUCUUUGUGUCGUUAGCGUAUGGAAGUAUGUACAUAUUUGGUCCUGCACUUACUACUUUACCAGCACUUGUUGCCAAAUCCAGCGUGGUAUUGAAUCCUGUAAUAUAUGCUAUAGUCAUUCCAAGAUUUCGGGAAUCUUUUGUACGCUUCUUCUGGUGUCCAUCAAGAAGUAAUGUACUUCCAGUCACAGCAAUCCAAAUGAAUGCCUUCGUCGUUAACAAAGAAGUCGCCAACAAGAAAACUUAUCAGAUCCCAGCCGUUAAUCAACCAUAUCUUGACUGAUGAGGCCAUUUCAAAUGGAAGAAAAAGAUUUCCUAGAAACAGUUUAUAGAUAAAUCUAUGACCAAUUAUCAGUUUGCACCAUUAUGCUUUGCGCUCCUCUGUUAUUGUUAAGAUUUCAGAUAAAAAAUACUUCUAGUGUCCAAACAUCACCAUAAAAGGAAUGUCCGAUGUCUGAAAACUCUAAUUUUAGCGUUGAAAGUGCUUAGCAAAGUGAGAUAGUCAGGAUAUGUGCGGAUUCGAAACGCACAGUAAGGUUCAGUAAAGACUUUCGGUAAACUAAAAAUGGCCGCCGUCAGGUCCUCGCGGCCCGCAAAGCAUAAUGGUGCACACUGGACCUUUGAUGCGCUUGCAUUUUUCAGAAGAUACAUGAUUUGUUUUUGGCGAAGUACGCCACCAAGAUGGCGGGUGUUUUAUGAAUAUUACGUGAAGAUCUACUUGCUAUAUUUCUAUGUAAGAAUUUGCAGUUUUGUACAAACCAUUACGCGAUUUUUUCAGAUACGAAAAUUUUCCAUUUGAUUUUGAACCAAUCAGAAAGCACCUUUCAACAAGAGAUCAUUUGGAAAACAAAAGAAACCGAUCACAAAUGUUCAUGGAUGCACUAUAUGAUGUUCGGGGGUGGGGUGGGAGGAUCAAAUAGUUCCCUGACAGACACAAAACGAAAGAAAUCAGGCUCGUAAGCCAGCUUCAUACAAUCAUGUCCUAUUUAUUUCCCUAUUUCAUUAUUACGUCACGUCAAAACAUUCUAUUGUUUUAA